CGCUGUAGCUUUUGGCCUGAUUGUAUGGUAAUGACAUCAAAGUUGCUGUUGACCUUAAAGCAAAAGACUGCAGUAAAGUAGAGAGCUCUGCAUGUGGCAUGAAGGGGCCUUGACUGAGAGAAGAGGAAUAAUGUCAGGAUGAGGUAAGUUUUUUAAUCAGUGAAGUUGGCCGGUAUGGGUAGAUCUGUUGAAGUGGGAAGAGAAGCUGUGACAUAUUGGUCCCUUUGAAGUUGCGUUUGCCUCAUCGUCUCCGGCUCACUCCGAGGCUAAAUCUCAUCCGCACAAUUCUUCCAUAAUAGGGAAAAAAUCCUGUAACAUGAAAAUUAUACUUGUGUGUCUUUCGUUUAAGAAGGACUUCAGUGGUCUUUUGGCGGCACUCAAAGAUGAAAAUCUUGAGUAGUUUGUGUGCGUUGGUCAUACAGACUUCAGGACAGAAGCAACAGCAGCAGAUGUCUUUGAGAACAUUCAAAGGGCAAAUUUGAAGAUUUAGCUCACUGCAAAUCUCGGGUAUUCAAUAUUUGCUAUCAACAUUUUCUCAAUUAUGACCAUGUUAACACCAAUAUACAAUUCAUUAUUGAUAAAGAAUUACAGUGACGCAAUAACUUGUUAGGAGGGGUUAUUUAGGGUAACUGUUUGAUUAUAUGCAAUUUAGAUUAGUUGGAUGUGUGUUAGAGGUAGAUUGCCCCUGUCCCUUAUUUCGCACAUUGUUAAUGUAGGCCCAGUGGAUGUCUUUUAUGCAUUUGAAAUGAAUAGGCACGAAUAUGUGAAUUAAGUGAGUUAUGGCAUUAUGUGCUCUUUCAUUUCUAUGGUUAUAGUCUAAAUAUCUGUAUAAUUGCAGUAUAACUUCUGAAUACCAAUUAACUGAAUAAAAUAUUUACACAUUCAAGCUUUGUGCUUUGAAUUUGUGCAUAUGUGCUCAUGAAGUCUAAAUCUGUGUGAUGUUCAAGUGCUUGUGUGUCGUCCCUCAUCGUUUAGUCAGUCACCAUCAACACUAAUCAGCACUAAUUAGACCUUUGUCUUUUUCUUUGCUGUCUUGCAGGAAUGUAAACUGUAGCCAUUACUAGACCAGAGACCUGAAGCAUCCUACCCCCAAAAAAAUCCCCUGUGUGUCCUCACAGUACCGGUGGAUUUCCUUACCUUAAAACUCAUAGAAAUUGACCAGAAGGUGGAUUCUUCCGUUUCCUUCCAGACAGAUAGCAAACCAAAGGAUAAAGCUUUUUAACAAACGCAGACACUGCUUAGGAUUUUAUUCCAUUUAACCACAUUUUGGUAGGUAACUGGUAGGUACCGUUUAAAGGAAUUUCUUACUAAUUGGGAGUAGACUGUUGUCUGAAACAUGGCUGAAGCAAUGGAGGCUCCUGACAUUGCUGUUGUGGCACUGUACUUUGUCCUGGUGCUUGCGAUUGGCUUCUUCGCCACGUGGAAAGCCAAUAGGAGCACGGUGAGCGGCUACUUUCUUGCCGGACGUUCCAUGAACUGGGUGGUGGUUGGAGCAUCGCUGUUUGUCAGCAACAUCGGCAGCGAACACUUCAUCGGCCUGGCUGGGUCCGGGGCGGCCAGUGGGUUUGCCGUUGGCGCCUGGGAAUUCAACGCCCUGCUGCUUCUGCAGCUCCUCGGUUGGGUCUUCAUCCCCGUGUACAUCCACUGCGGGAUCUACACAAUGCCGGAGUACCUCUCCAAGCGCUAUGGAGGUAAGAGACUGAAGGUGUACUUCGCAAGCCUUUCCAUCCUGCUUUACAUCUUCACCAAGCUGUCUGUAGACUUGUAUGCUGGAGCCCUGUUCAUACAGGAGUCGCUUGGCUGGAACCUCUACUUGUCAGUCACUAUUCUCAUUAGCAUGACGGCUCUGUUGACGGUCACUGGUGGUUUGGUGGCUGUCAUUUACACCGACACCCUUCAGGCAGUGCUCAUGAUUGGAGGUGCCCUGAGUCUGACCGUCAUCAGCUUGAUGAAGGUUGGUGGCCUGGAGGGAUUGCGGGAAAAGUACAUGCAGGCUGUUCCCAACGUCACAGCCAUACUGGCAUCCAAUAACUUCACCUUCACCUACACCAACUCCUGUCGCAUCCAUCCCAAACCUGACUCCCUGAGGAUCCUGCGAGGGCCGUUCGAUGAGGACAUUCCCUGGCCCGGUUUUCUUCUGGGCCAGACACCAGCCUCAAUCUGGUACUGGUGUGCCGACCAAGUCAUCGUCCAGAGAGUGCUUGCUGCGAAGAACAUCGUCCACGCCAAGGCUUCCACGCUCAUGGCAGGAUUCCUGAAGGUCCUCCCCAUGUUUAUCAUCGUGAUUCCCGGGAUGAUCUCACGCAUACUGUUUGCAGACGAGCUUGUGUGUAUUAGCCCAGAGCACUGUAUGCAGGUGUGUGGUAGCCAGGCAGGCUGCUCGAACAUUGCAUACCCUCGACUGGUGAUGAGUGUGAUGCCAGUUGGCCUGCGCGGUUUGAUGAUGGCUGUCAUGAUUGCUGCUCUCAUGAGCGACCUGGACUCCAUCUUCAACAGUGCUAGCACCAUCUUCACCCUCGACAUCUACAAGAUGGUCCGAAAGUGUGCCUCCUCCCGAGAGCUGUUGAUCGUCGGCCGAAUGUUUGUGAUCAUCAUGGUGGGCAUCAGCAUCGCUUGGGUACCAGUCAUCAUCGAGAUGCAAGGAGGCCAGAUGUACCUGUACAUCCAAGAGAUCGCUGGGUAUCUUACUCCGCCCGUAGCUGCCCUGUUUAUGCUCGGCGUCUUCACGACACGCUGCAACGAGACUGGUGCCUUCUGGGGUGGCAUGACUGGCUUCGUCCUGGGUACCACACGCCUGAUGCUUGGCUUCGUCUACCGCGAGCCCAGAUGCGAUCAGCCUGACGACCGCCCCUUUUUUAUCACCCAUAUUCACUACAUGUAUAUAGCGGCUGGGCUUUUCUGGCUCUCAGGAGCGGUUGCUGUGGUGGUCAGUCUCUGCACCCCUCCCCCCUCAAAGGAGAGAGUCCGCAACACCACUGUGUGGGGGCUUCCGAAAUUCGAGGGGGUUCCUGUCCGAGACCACGAGGAGCUACACGAGCUAAACAAGAGUCCGAUCGUUUGCAAUGGCAAUGGCACCCUCCACAAGCAGAUACCAAUGGACAUUAAGAAAGAGAAGAUCCUGGAUGAGGCUGACAUCCAACUCCUCAUGCCAGCCGGCGACCACGAUCACAUGACCUUGAACACAGAGCUGCCCACGCCGUCGGAGAAUUAUGGGAACGGCCACGCUGAGCUGGUGAACAACGAGGAGGAUGGCAGUAACCGCAGCGCCAGCCGCGGAGGAGAGAAGGGCUUGUGCAUGCGUCUGUUUGUUUGGCUCUUCGGCAGCAAAGAACAAGAGGACGCAACCCAAGCCCAAGUGUCAGAGGAAGACCACGAACAUAUUAUGGAGAUGCUCUACGAACCUCCCAAAAUGAAGUUGUUGCUCAACCUUGGCCUUUUUUUGGUGUGCUCCUUGGGAGUUUUCAUGUUUGUGUAUUUUUCCCUAUAGUUUAGCUCCUGCUAUUGGGACCAUAUGUAAAGCAAUUUGAACAGUGGCACCUGUAGUAUCGGAGUUUCGUUAUUAAAAUGCGAUCUGGAGUCUGUAAUAUUUACAGUAGGAUUUUAGCUUCUUUGGAGGGACCUGAAGAGAUAGGAGCUUGAAUGUCAGACUUUGGGAAAUUAUUAGUUCCCUUACUGUAGAUGGACAAAAUAUCUAUAUCAUGUACAACUAUUUCAAAAGGUUCUUCCUACCAACCAUUUUAUGCUGAUGGGCAUAUAUGGGAUUACUGGACAACUAAGUUAAAUGUGUAUAACCGUUUUUCUCUAGCAAGUGGUAUGGUAAGAUUAUUUAUUUUUGUUAUUUUUUUCCUCUGGAAAAAAAGACUUAGAUGUUUUUCUCUGUAUUCAGUGUUGGCUGUUUGUGACUGUUUUGGGACCGUUGAGAUAAUUUAAUCAUUAUUCUUGUCUUUUUCAAGUAACCAUCUAGUGUCUGUAGCAUAUCUUGAACAGCGGUCAUACCUAUCGCAGUGUGCAGACUAUAUUAGUGAUCCUCACAAUGGUGUUCCUAUAAUUGUGUGUGUUUGUUUAGUUGGCCCAUAGCCAUAUGUGUAAUUCUGUCUACUCCUAGUGGUGAACUGUUGUACUGCUGUUUGAAGCACUUUCCAAGCCAAGCCUUCAAUGAUCUAUUUUUUUUUUGUGUGAUAUUUUCUGUUUUGUUGUUUUUCAAAGGUAUGACCAAAAAUCCACCAAAAA